CUCUUUUUAAAUUUUCUGUGUAAAAAAUUUCUGAAUUUAAAAUUUGCGUUGACAAUGACUUUGACAGUUUUUCAUGACGUUUAACCAAUAAACGUCAUAUAUGUCAUGACUAUUCAUGACAUCAUUACUCAUAAAUACAUCGAUAAUUUUUCCAGAAUUUUUACAAUAAAUAAAAAAUUAACUAGUGAUUUUGUGCGGCAAUAAAAAAAUAUCGCCAAAAUGUCGUUAAAUACGGCACAUUUAAACGGAGGAGUGCUAAUCCAUAAUGGAGAACAGAUUUUAUUAUAUUCAGACGGUGUAGGCAUAGAAUGGAGUGGUCAACAAGGAAAUGCCUUCUAUGGAGUCAAGAAGGGCUCUAUUUAUCUAACAACACACAGAGUCAUUUUCCUUAACAAAUCUAGUGCGGAUGAGAUGCUCAGUUUCAGCUUUCCCUUUGUAACGCUCAGUGAGGUCGAGAUAGAACAACCAGUUUUUGGAGCCAAUUACAUAAAGGGAAAGGUUCGAGCGCAGCCAAAUGGCAAUUGGAUCGGUGAGGCCAAGUUUAAGAUGACCUUCAAGCAUGGAGGGGCCAUUGAGUUUGGACAGGCUCUGCUUAGGGCAGCACAUUUUGCCUCCAGAGGUGGUGGUUACGAUGCCCCUCCUCCAUAUGUUCCUCCUCAGACCCAGUGGUAUGCAGCUCCACCUCCAUCCUACGCUGCUGCAUCACAAGGCUAUUAUGGUUGGAUGCCUCCCACCAAUGUAUUCCCACAACAUCCACCUACUGAUGGUGUCUUCAUGACUGAUGCUCCCCCACCAUACCCGGGAAUAGUACCCGGCUACCAACCCAAUGGCUAUGGACCUCCACAAGGCCCCCCUGGUUAUUCCCAAGGACCACCAAUGUAUCCUGGACCAGCUAGUUAUGGCGGUCAGAGUUCUGCUGGGGCAGCUGGUUUUCAACAACCACCACAAUUUGCUAGUGCCGCAGAUGCCAAAGCUCAUGAAGCUGCUCAAUCGGCCUACAAUAAUCAAAAUAGUAGACCACCACAGGGUUAUGCUCCUCCUCCACCAGCCUAUUUUGAAAGUCCACCCACCUACAGCCAAGCUACCUACAAGAAGGAUCAGUAAGCACUUGCAGGCGUACUGGAAGUGAGCACAGAAUGCGAGCUUUUGCAAAUAUAUUAUAUUAUUAUUUUUAAUGUUUAUUGAGAAUUUUAGUUAAGUUCACUUUGAAGUGAUGUAUAGGAUGAGACAUUCCUCAAACACAGCACAUUAAAUAUAUUUAAUUUAGACUUUUGAUCAAACAAAAUGGUACUGAAGUGAUAUUUUGUCAUUGUUGUGUAAUUAAAGGAAGGAAAAUAUAAUUUUAUUCUCAUUAAUAUGCUGAUGUUUACAAACUCGAAAAUUAAGGUUAUAUUCCUGGACUUCUUUCUUUGACUAUUUACUUCAUAAAACUACUUUAAAUCUAACGGUGAGUUUUUUCUCUUUGUAAUGUUUAAAAACAUCAUUUAAUAAGUAUUUUGUCGCAAUUUUUAUUUACCAUUUUUACCGUUUGCGUUGUUGACAGAUUGUGUCAUUUUCAAUGAAUACCGGAAAAACAGGUUUUUAGCGCGGAUCUUUUAUCCGAUUGUUUAGAGUUGGGUUAAUGUUUCUAAUAUUUUAUUUCUAGAUUUUUUUAUAAAUUACUUCUAUAGUUCAAGUCACAGUUUAGUACUGGUACAGAAUGUUGGGGCUAUUUCGUUGCUGUUUAAUCAUUAUCUUGUUGUACUAAUACCAUAUAGGCCUAAUACUCAAUUCAAAUCUGACGUGAGCUAAGGCAGCCUUCAAUCUUGUUUGGUUUUGUACCUAAAUUGAUUCUAAAAGAAAAGGCUAGCGCUCCUUGUCGCAUGUACAAAAGGAAAGAAGUUGAGUUUGUAAACGCCAUUUUACUAUAUAACUAAACUAUGUAUGUUGUUAUCCCGCAUUUAUUAAAGUAUUGUAUAAUAGCAGUAACCACUUAUAUGUAUAUAUAAAUAUUCAAUACUAGCUUAUAUUGAUUAUUUUUGUUGAGAUGAAGGCGUGUAUAUUUCAAUAAAAACAUCGUUACAACGA